AACAAGCCACGAGCGAAAGCCGGACAAAACGGUCACCCGUUACGGUUUCCACAGCAACACCAUUAAUAAUGGCAGAAAAAAAAAACUUGACCACCAUGGUCUCUAUCCUCGCCUUGUAUGAGUGCAAUUGAAAUCAAACACAUAUGCAAAGAUAAACACCAAAUAAAUGGCACAUAAUAAAUAAAUGAAAAGAGGAGAUGUUGAUGAGGGUAUGCCAUUCAUUCAUUCCCUAAGCAGCAAGGGUCCAUUGAAACCGGGACAAGGACCAGGAGAUGAGCCAUAAAGGGCACCCCGUCCACGAAUAGGGGCAUCGUCAAGGACCCCUUUCCAAAACCGCCCAAAAGUUAAAGCUGAGCAGCCAGAAGCAAAUUGGAAACCAACCCCUGCCCCUGCCCCUGCCCCUGCCCUUAACCCCAUCCAUCCCUCCCUCUCCUCCGCUCCGGGUGAGGUCAGUCCAUAUCCAUUCUUCUACCUCCCCUUCAACCUUACCCUUGGCCGGAACACCAAAUUCCACUCCUUGCCUCGCUUGCAUUUCCCUUCCGGAGCUGAGCUGUUGCCGCCACUGUUGCCCAAUCAUGCGGGAAGCCGAGUGAUUUCGGUCUGGAGUGAGUGAGUCGUUACUACUGGGAGUGGGGAGUGGACUGUGGAGUGGGGGUGUGAGGGGCGGCGAGAUGCAGUCCGGGUACGGCGGGGUGUCGGAGUUCCAGCAGUUCAUCAUGGACGGGGGAUUCGCCAUGGCGGCGCCCCCGCAGCAGCAGGCGCAGGCGGCGGCUGCUGCUGCUGCUGCGGCGGCGGCGGGGGGGCAGGAGCUGGGCGCGCCGUUCAGGUACCAGCCGCUGCACCACCACGCGAUGCAGCACCACCAUCACCACCAGCAGCAGCAGCAGCACCAGCCGCAGAUGCCGCCCCACUUCGCGCACUUCGGCGGGGCGCCCGCGGCGGCGGCGGCCGGCGGGAUUCCGUUCACGCAGCAGUUCCUGAACCACCAGGCGGCGGCCGCGGGCCACCACCACCAGCAGCAGCACCACCACCUCCAGCUCUUCCACCACGAGCAGCACCAGCAGCAGCACCACAAGCCGCAGCCGCCGGCGAGGUGGGCGCCGCAGCAGCACCACCCGCAGCACCAGCAGCAUCACCACCACCAGCUGGGGCUGGACGUCGAGGCGGCCGCCGUGCCUGAGAGCUCCCGCGCCACGUCCGGCGGCGCCGCCCCUCCCGGCGUGCCCCCUUUCCUUGCCGCCGCCAUGAACUUCAAGCUGGCCGUCGACCCCGGCGGCGGGAGCGGCGCCACGGACGACGCGCUGAACGACGGCACGGGUGGCGGAGGCGGCGCCGGCAGCGGCAUGAUGCUCCACGGCGGAGGCGGGGCCGACGACGAGGCCGCCACGGAGAGCCGGCUCCGUCGGUGGACCGGCGAGGAGGAGACCUCCAUCAAGGAACCCACCUGGAGGCCGCUGGAUAUUGACUACAUACACAGCACCAGCAGCAGCAGCAAGAGGGCUGCCGCCGGGAAGGAGAAGGUGGCCACGCCGGAGUCUCCGGCGCCGGUUGCUCCUGCGGCGAACUACUUCAAGAAGGCCAGUGGCGCGGACGACAAUGCGGGUGCUGCCGCGUCUGCGGGUGGCGGCGGCGGCGGCGGGAACUACAAGCUGUUCAGCGAGCUGGAGGCCAUCUACAAGCCGGGGAGCGGCGGCGGUGCGGGGCAGACGGGCUCCGGCUCCGGCCUCACGGGCGACGACAAUGCCAUCCUCCCGCCCCCGUCCAUGGCCGACCUCCCGGGCGCGGCCGCCGCGGCCGUGGACGCGCCGCAGGCUAACACAUCGGAGACUUCGGCCGGGGAGGACGCUCCGGCGGUGCUCCAGCCGCAGCAGCCGCCUCCGCCGCAGCAGGCGUCGCUGGGGGAGGCGCGUCGGAAGCGGAAGCGCCGGCGGCAGGAGCAGCAGCAGCAGCUGACCGCGUCGGCGUCCUUCUUCGAGCAGCUGGUGCAGCGGCUCAUCGAGCACCAGGAGGGCCUGCACCGCCAGUUCCUGGACGCCAUGGAGCGGCGGGAGCGGGAGCGCGCGGCGCGCGACGAGGCGUGGCGCCGGCAGGAGGCCGACAAGUUCGCGCGCGAGGCCGCCGCGCGCGCGCAGGACCGCGCCAGCGCCGCCGCCCGGGAGACCGCCAUAAUCGCCUACCUCGAGAAGCUGUCCGGGGAGACCAUCACCCUCCCGGCGCCGGCCAACCCCGCGCCCACGUCCGCCGACGACGCGACGAGCCACGACGCAGGCAGGGAGCUGGUCCCCUACGAGUACGGCGGCGACCCGUCGCUGCCGCUGAUGAGCUCGUCGUCCCGGUGGCCGAAGCACGAGGUGGAGGCGCUGAUCCGGGUGCGGUCCGGGCUGGACAACCGGUUCCAGGAGCCCGGGCUGAAGGGCCCGAUGUGGGAGGAGGUGAGCGUGCGCAUGGCCGCGGCCGGGUACGGCGGCCGGAGCGCCAAGCGGUGCAAGGAGAAGUGGGAGAACAUCAACAAGUACUUCCGCAAGGCCAAGGAGAGCGGCAAGAAGCGCCCCGCCCACGCCAAGACAUGCCCCUACUUCGACGAGCUCGACCGCCUCUACUCCCGCUCCUCCGGCGCCGGCGCCGCCGCCUCCUCCUCCGCCGCAGGCAACGCCAACGCCAACACCAGCACCAAAGCCAACGCCAACGCCAACGCCAUGACAACCAGCGCCGACGACGCGGCCAACAACAGCAACAAGGCGAGCUCGGAGCUGCUGGACGCGGUGGUCAAGUACCCCACCGACGCGCACUACGGCGCACCGCCGGGCUUCCUGAGCGACGGCGCCAAUGCAGACGUCAAGGACGACGGCGCCGCGCACCGUGACGGCGACGGCGACGUGGACAUGGGCAGGACCUCCGGGAGAGCAGGCGACGAGCAUGAGGACGAGGCGGCCCAAAGCCAUGGCCACGAUGGCGACGACGACGACGAUCAUUAGAGCUUAAUUAAGUUAACUAGGACCGCAUGCUUAGCUAGCUAGGACGACAUGAAUGAUCGACCGACGCCGGACAAAAUUUGCUUCUUUUCCUUCUUCUCCUUCUUCCCGCAGUUUCUGCCUGUUGUUAGCCACCAUGGAUCAGUCAUCACUUACUUGUUAGUACUACUACUGCUACUGCUGCUUAUAUAUCUACAAGAAGAUUAGUUUAAUAAUCAAUCACUUCCAUGAUCCCAA